UUGCUUUACAUGAUGGCGGAACGGUAACGUUAGUAGUUUUUUUGGACUAUUGAGUGAUACAGUACGAGAAAUGUCAGCUGCGACGCGUGUAGCAGCAGCCCCGGUGAUGUUGUCCCGGUUCCGUGGCGCUCUAGUCGGUGCUGUUUUGGGAGAUUGCAUAGGCGGUGAAUUUGAAGGUGCUGUGGAUGUCCCUUUAGAUCGGGUUCUUCAGCAUCUCGGUGCAUUGGAAGAUGACACACGGGGCGAUGGAAUUCUUCAGUAUAGUGACGACACAGCCAUGAUGCGGUGCGUUGCUGAUUCACUUCUUACCAGGGCAGAGUUUGAUGAACUAGACAUGGCCCGAAGGUUCGCAAGCGAGUACAAGCUUGCUCCAGGACGUGGUUACGGCUCAGGUGUUAUACAGGUACUGCGAAAGCUUGCAUCGCCCCAUCUGAGGGAUGUCUUCCAGCCAGCAAGAGCUCAGUUCGGUGGCCGUGGAUCUUUUGGCAAUGGGGGUGCAAUGAGAGCUGCACCUUUUGCCCUGGCCUUCAGACAUACAGCUGAUGUGCGGGAGUUUUCACGGCUUGGUGCAACCCUAACACACUCCUGCUCCUUGGGCUACAAUGGGGCAAUAUUGCAGGCCCUUGCCGUCCAUCUCUCUCUCCAGGGGGCUUUAGCUGUGCCAAGUAAUUUCAUUGACAGACUGAUUUCAGAAAUGGAGCAACUGGAAAAAGACAAGACAGCCCAGCUUGAUGCUAAAGCACUGAAUUUAUCAGAGCUACCCUAUUGCACUCGUUUGCAAAGAGUGAAAGAACUUAUGGAAAGAAACAGCGUGAGCAUUGAGGAGGUCAUAUCCGAACUGGGGAAUGGCAUCGCUGCAUUACAGUCUGUGCCCACUGCCAUCUUCUGUGUUCUGCAUUGUUUGGAGCCAAGGGAAGGGCUACCAGAGCAUUUCGGAGGCCUGGAGAUGACGAUAGCCUACAGCUUGGCUCUGGGUGGUGACACAGACACCAUUGCUUGCAUGGCAGGGGCAAUCGCUGGAGCACAUUAUGGCAUUGAGUCCAUUCCCCAGAGCUGGCAGAAGAGCUGUGAAGGGGUGGAGGAAGCUGAUGUUUUAGCAAAGCGAUUAUACAGUCUGUACACAACCCAGUGUGGUGAGGACAGGGGGACUGCAAGCUGCAACAAUAAUCAACCGCACACACAUGCUGGUCAUCAGCACACUACAAAAACUGACUGAACUGUCAUACGCAACAUGCAGUUGCACAAUUAAGAAACUUCACCUGGCACAUAGUGUCAUAUGCACCUCUUAACAUUAAUGUUUAUAAAAAUGUGAUGAUCUUCUUGUGCAAAAAUGUUUACAAUAAAUACAAGUAAUACAAAA